AUUACUUCCACUGCUGCCGCAGCUUCCAGUAGUCCGUGUAGACAUCACUGCUCUAUCUGUAACCAUUCUCUGAGCAGUCCACCCUGCGGCAAUACCGACUUGUCAUCUGGCGCCCAGGUAUGCAGUCACACGAGUGGUGGCUACAGGUCACCACUACCAGAACGCCUCCUCCUUGGUCAGCAGGAUACGGAAUCCGGUUUUGAUGGCCUGGAUGACAUGAGUAUGAGCCUCGGUAGCGUCCAAUCGGACGGUGACGUCUGUCCCGAAGAGCCAGUAACCCCCAGGCCACCGGAACGCAUCUUCAAGGUUAUUCUAAUUGGAAAUAGUGCAGUCGGGAAGUCAAGCUUUCUGCACAGAUUCUGCAAUGGAAUCUUCUACCAACAUAUGCGGGCCACAGUUGUGCCCUAA